AUGCAAAGAGCUCUUCAACAAGAUCCAACUGUUUAUCAAUAUGAUGAAAUUUAUGAUGAAAUGAAUCAAAAAAAACAAGAAAAUGAAAUUAUCAAAGAAAGCCCAGAAAAAAAACCCAAAUAUAUUCAAACAUUACUUAAAACAGCUGAAAAAAGGAAAAAGGAGAAUGAACGUAGAUUAGAAAGGCAAAUACAAAAGGAAAGAGAAGCCGAAGGAGACAUGUUUAAAGAUAAAGAAGAAAAAAGAAAUAAUUCCGAUGAUCAGGAUGAAAAUGAAAAGAAAACUAAGUCAGGGAGUAGUAGUUCUAGCUCAGAUAGUGAAAGUAGUUCUGAUUCAUCAUCAACAUCAAGUUCAAGCGAUGAAGAAAAAUCUGAAGAGAAAGAAUCGUCAUCACAGUUAAAUAAAAUUACAGCUCCCGAGGAUAGGCUACCUUUAAGAGAUUUAGAAAAAAAUGAAAAAGAAGACAAUGAAGAAAAAUCAUUGCCUAAAAUUGCAGAAUAUUGUAAAGAAGAAAUAAAAUCUGAUAAAGAUGAUAGAAUAAAACAUAUGUUUAAACCUUUAAAAUCAGAUGAUAAAGAUAGGAGAGAAAGAAAUUAUAGAAUUUCAAGUAACGAAAAGGAUAGGGGAAAUAGAAACAACUAUAGAAGAGAUAGGGAUGUAAGAGAAAGAGAUAGAUCAAGAGAUAGGAGAAGCAGAACUCCUGAAAGUAAAAAAGGUGGAUUUAAAUCAAGAGAACAAAGUUUGGAACGUGUUAGAGAAAGAAAGGACGGAAAGGAUUAUAAGGAAAAUCAAAAUGGUUCUCAAGAUAAGAAAAGAGAAUCAUCAGAAACUAAAGGGGUUGAAGUUAAACAAGGUGAAAAUAAAAAAGAUGUUAACGAUUUGCCCAGGAUAUCCAUUUGGGAGAAAAGAACAAUAGGCGCAGUGUUAGAAGAAGCUAUUGAGAGGUAUAAACUAAGGAAAGCAGCUAUUAAAGGAUCAUAA